AUGUCUAAAGGCCCUAAAUUACAUCCCAACUAGCCAAAUAUUUUAAUUGACUUAGAUUUGCCAUAUUAUGUCAAUAAAACAUAGAUUAUGGUGUUCGGAUAGAGUAUCAACCUUGUGCAGCUAUUUUAGACUUAAGUAUCAUAAUCUUUUUUAUUUUUUUAGGAAACAAAGAGUAGUAAAUAAAUGUAAUUAUAAAUAGAUCAAUCAUAUCUGAAGGUGGUUAGUUUAUUUAUUCAAUGA